CAUCGUGCUCCCUGUGUUGUUUUCUCCUCCAGUCCUUUCCCGGAAAGCUUUAGCUCCGCGUGAUUGACUGCAGUAUUGUGCUACACAGCGCUGCCUCAGCUGAGUUUCCGAAAUAUUCUUUGGUACUGCCUCUUUCCCAGCCUCUUCAAAACAUCCCUCGGAGAAACUGAAAAAGCAAAGGAAAAAGUCGACAGAGCCAGUUUUUUAGCGCAGGAUUAUAGGUCUGAGUCGAGAGCCACGCUUGCUCGUCAAACUUUAGCGUCUCUUUAAUAUGUGGAGAAAACCCAUCUUGUCCGCAAUUUGGGGCUGUUUGGGCUUGUUCGUCAUUUUUGCCGAUGCAGAGCAAUUUUUGCCAAAGAAUAGCGCUACACAGUUUCUAAGGAGACGACGAGCAAAUUCUUUAUUUGAAGAAAGCAAGCAGGGAAAUUUGGAAAGAGAGUGCAUUGAGGAGCUGUGCAACAGAGAAGAAGCAAGGGAAAUAUUUGAAAAUGUUCCAGAAACAGAAUACUUUUAUCCACGAUAUGUUGGUUGUCUUGGUUUACAUAGGACAAUUACAUCAGAUAGUUACUCAACCCAGAGUUCCAUUUCUGAUGCUCUGAGGACAUGCAUUACAGUAAUCGCAGAUCAGUGUUCUCCACUUCCAUGCAACAGAGAGGGAUAUGAAAAGUGCAUUGAUGGAAAGGGGAGUUUUGUUUGUGUCUGCAAAGAUGGCUGGCAGGGGAAUACUUGUGACACAGAUAUAGAUGAAUGUGAAAUCCCAGAAUCAGGUGGUGCUUGCAGUCAACGGUGCUAUAAUUACCCUGGAAGUUUCCGCUGUCUUUGUGAUGAUGGCUUUUAUUUGUCCGCAGAUAAGAUGAACUGCCAAGAUUUAAAUGAAUGUGGAAUGUAUCCCACCAUUUGUGGGCAGGCUGUGUGUGUCAACACAGCUGGAGGGUAUGACUGCACUUGUCUUCACGGCUUUAAAUAUAACUUAACAUUGAAAACUUGUGAUGAUAUUGAUGAAUGUGCCGAGAAUGUCUGUGAGGGAACCUGUGUCAACACUCCUGGAAGUUAUUCAUGCUACUGUAAUGGGAGCAAAGGCCUAAGGCUUGCAAAUGACUUAAAAUCAUGUGAGGCUAUUCCUAUUUGUGUCCCUCUAAAAAGCAUGAAAAGUUAUGAGAUGCUAUAUCUGGGAGAGCAAUUUGUGGGUUUGCCAGUGGUUUAUCUACGGUUUAGGUUACCUGAAACAAGCAAGUUUUCUGCAGAGUUUGACAUCAGAACCUAUGAUCCAGAAGGUAUUAUACUGUAUGCUGAAUCACCUCGCAACAUUUCAUGGUUCAUGUUGGGCCUUCGAGAUGGCAAGAUUGAGAUCCAGUAUAAGAACGGUCAUUCAACUAAGAUCACCAGUGGUGGAAAAGCUAUUAAUGAUGGCCAGUGGCAUAUGAUUACUGUUGAAGAAAUGGAGACUAGCAUCAGUGUGAAAGUUGCCAAAGAAGCAAUCAUGAACAUUAAUUGCCCAGAAUCCCUUUUUACUCCCCAGCAAGGAAUUUUGGAAACAAAAGUGUAUAUUGCAGGUUUACCCCGCAAGGGAGACCAUUUAAUCACACCAAUUAACCCCCGUAUGGAUGGCUGUAUUCGUGCCUGGAAUCUAAUGAAUCAGGGACCAUCGGGAGUGAAAGAAGUAAUUAAGGAAAAGGAAAGCAAGCACUGCUUUGUGGAAGUAGAAAGAGGUUCCUAUUUUCCUGGCUCUGGGAUAGCUCAAUUUCAGAUAAAUUACAAUAACAGUGAUGAUGCUAAAAAUCAGUCACUGAGUUUAAACCUAAAUAUCCGUACAUCCACAACUACUGGAGUCUUGUUUGCUUUAGUCCAGGAGGAUACAGUACCACUUUCAGUGGCGAUUGUAGACCCUAGAUCAGCAAAUGAACAGGAAAUUGUGGUGUUCAUUGAAAAUGUGAAAGUGGCAUCCUUGCAGUCUAAGAGACUUUGUUACCCAGGAAACCUGAGUAUGCAACUUAUUACAUGGAGCGACAAGAUCCUAAUUACAGCAAAUUCCAUUUGGAAUGUUACCUAUAUAGACAUACUUGAAAUGGAAAAGCAAAUGUCUGUUUUGGACAAAGCAAUAAAAGGAUUGGUUGAUACUUAUGUUGGUGGUAUUCCAGCUCAUGUUCCUCUCUCAGCGACUCCAGUUUCUGCAUAUUAUCAUGGAUGCAUUGAUGUAGAAGUCAAUGGCAAGCUACUAGAUUUUGACGAUGCUAUCAGUAAACACAAUGACAUCAAGUCUCAUUCAUGUCCUCCGGUGAUUUGAAGCCACCAUUAGUUUGAUGACUGAUUUAUGUGUUUGAUUUUAAAAGAUAUUCUACUGAUCAAUAUUUCAUGUGCCAGCCUUCAAUGAAGUGUACCAUAUUAUUGCCGUGUAUUCCUUAACACUGCUGUGUGUAAAAUGUAAAUGGUCAUAAGUCAGAUUUACUCCUUUUGUUGUUAUUUUAAUUAUUUUAUUUUUGUAUGUGUUAAAUCACAGCAUCGCAUUCUGAAACCAAUUAGCUUAGAUAUUGGUAUGACAUCUUCCUAGCAUUACAUUAAAAUUCAGUUUUUAGUCUAGAAUCGGUUCAUCAUCAUUUAUUGCUCCUCAUAUUUUCAUUAUGUCUGUCUAAAAAUAAUGUGACAAUAUAGGGGAAAAUUGUGCAUUUUAAACAUAGUGAAAAAAUAUAAAUAUUAAAGCAGUUAUGUUUCCUUGUAUUUACUGUUUCAUUUCUGCACAGUAGGGCUGCUGAUUUACAAAAAUACUAUCAAAUUGUUUGUAGGCAGUGACCCUAAUAGACUUGAAUACUACAUCUAUUAGUAUUUUUAUUUUUUUUUUGUAAAAUGUAAUUUCUUAUGAUAUUUUAUUAAAUGAGACAUUUAUAAUUUGUUAUAUUCACAAAUGUAUUCUGAAGACUUAAUACCAUAAAGCUUCUUAAUUGUCCACUUUCUUAUUUUUUCUUUAGCUUAAUACACCUCUGUAUUUUCCAUAGUAUAAUUUAAGACACUUUUUAAUGAGACAAUUAGAUGUUAAUAUUUUUUCUUGGGUUAAGUAUUGUUUUUGUUGCCAAAAAUGGUGUUGUCUGAAUACAUUACAAAGGACUUUAUAUAAAAUGUCUGUAAGCAAUGGAAAUCAAGCAGUUAAUUUUUUAAAUGUUUAUUUUUAGAAUGUAUGUUUUGUUAUAUAUCAGGUAACAAUGUGAAUGUUUUUUUUUAUAAUAAAAAUUAAUACUCAGUGA